AGAAUAGAAGGACAGUUAGCAAAAGCUAGAGGCCGAAUUCACCAGGCGAUUACUCAAAAGAGCUUUGAACCGAGUCAGAAUGUUGGAGGCUUCAUCAACUCUACUAGAGGAGCCACAUACAGGAAUCCAUAUGCCUUCUUCCAGAGUCAUACAGAGAUGAUGAGGACAUUCAAGAUAUGGACUUAUAGGGAAGGAGAUAUCCCCUUGGUUCAUGUAGGUCCGAUGAAAAGUAUAUACAGUGUCGAGGGUCACUUCAUCGAGGAGAUGGAGCGAAAAGGGAAUCCUAUGGCGGCUAACCAUCCAGAUGAAGCACAUGCAUUCUUCAUUCCUAUAAGUGUAGCAAAAAUUGUACACUAUCUCUUCACGACUGAAGAAUCCUAUGGUUUUUUCGAACGUAUGCAGGCAAUAGUCGAAGACUACAUAGGUGUCAUCGCAGAAAGGUACCCUUAUUGGAACCGUAGCAAUGGAGCUGAUCAUUUCUAUGUUUCUUGUCAUGAUUGGGGGCCACUUGUUUCACGGGGAAGCCCUAAACUCUUUGAGAAUCUCAUUAGAGUGCUUUGCAAUGCCAACAUCUCAGAAGGAUUCAUUCCAAACCGGGAUGUGUCAAUGACAGAGAUUAAUGGGCCAUACAACAACAUCCCAGAUGUAAGCAGUGGGCGGUCACCUUAUAAUCGUUCUAUCUUUGCAUUUUUUGCGGGUGGAAACCAUGGAUUUGUACGCAACAAGUUGUUCCAACAUUGGGGAAGCAAGGAAGAUAAUGACAUUCAAAUUUACGAUUACCUUCCGAAAGGACAAAACUACAGCGAGCUACUGACCCAAAGCAAGUAUUGUCUAUGUCCUAGUGGCUACGAAGUUGCAAGUGCUAGAGCAACGGAAGCGAUCUACGUAGGAUGCAUCCCCGUGAUUAUCAAGGAUCAUUACGCUCUACCUUAUGGUGAUGUGUUGGAUUGGAGUCAAUUUUCUGUAAUAGUAGCCGUAGAUCAGAUUCCGGAUCUGAAAAGAGUUUUGCAAGAUAUACCUUUUGAAAAGUAUCUGGAAAUGCAAAAAAAGGUGAUGGAAGUACAAAGACACUUCAUGGUUAACAUUCCGGCUAAACCCUUUGAUGUCUUUCACAUGAUUCUUCACUCGGUGUGGCUAAGACGACUUAACGUUCUUGUUGACCGACCUUAA